AUGCCCAGCAAUACCAGAAUCUUGGAAGCUCUGAAUGUCUGGGUAACCGGGUCGGGCGAGCAGUACCUGGUCCUGGCCCAUGGCUUUAGCACUGACCAGUCCGCCUGGGGUCGCAUUCUUCCUUUCUUUAAACCUUACUAUCGCAUCGUUCUAUAUGACCUUGUUUGCGCCGGAAGCGUCAACCCCGAUUACUUCGAUUUCAACUGCUACACCAACCUGGACGCCUUCGUCGACGACUUGCUCAACAUUCUCGAUGCUGUGGGAGUCAAAAAGUGUGCUUACGUCGGCACUGACCAGUCCGCGCAAAACCCAGCUCUCCAAAAACAAGAUCAAAUCUUGUCCCUCCACCCUCCAAUCACCGACCCACCCUCGGGAAUUUGA